CACCUGGAACUGACCUCCAUUCCGUCGAAGCAUCACACACCUGUCGCCAUGCUGAAACUCGUUGUCUCCGCUCUGUUUGUUGCCCUGACUGUAGCCGAUCAGUGCUGCACCCCCGACCAAUGGGAGGGAGUUGCUAGCGGCACCCUCGGGUCUGUGACCAACGGGAAGAGUAUCUCAGCUCAGACAACGGCAUUACUGUCCUACGACUUCACCGACAUGAAGGUAGCUGCUGACAUCACCACCAUAGUUGCCGGCAUGACGUCCAGGAACAAGACCAUCAUCGACUACAACAAGAAAAUGAGUUAUAACUACAACGAGGUGACGGGCGAUUGUACUGUGAGUCCGUUUGACCAACCCUUCAAGAAGGCCUGCGUCCCAGAUGAUGCAAAACAGCUCGGAAUUUUUUACUACGGUGCCGGUGACAACAUGCUGAAUGCAACGUCGUACAUGCUUAAUCGGAACGACUUGACAUACUACGUCUCCUUCACCACAGCAGGCUGCAUCCCCAUCACCGAGGUCGCCGUCGGCAACAUGGGCCCCACCGCCACGAUGAUCGCUACUGGGUUUGAAAACAUCACUCCUGGCAUCAAAAACUCAUCUGUCUUCGACCCACCGCCGGCAUGUCAACAAGCCAAGGUGCAACAUUUCCAGAAGAGUGAGAGGCGUGGUCUCCUUGGUCUCCACCUGUAGCUACCUCCCUUGGACUAACUGUCUUACCACAAGGGGUCGCUGUUCUGCCUGGUACAGAAGCACGUGACAGAAACACAAUGUGUCAAUCUGAUAUCAAUAAAGAGUCACAGGCAGAGUGAUGUCCCCUUGUUC